UCUGGCUUUAUCCACUUCGUGAGUUGGCAGUGCGCAUGCAAACAUAUCUCUUUUUUGUGUAGUACGCACUCAAUGUUCUCUGACCACAUAGACCAGAUCUGGUGGGUAGGUCUCGGCACGUAGGAGCCUGAGAGAGGUGGUCAACCAACAAGACCUAUUCACAUGUUGUCUUUCUUGUGGCGGAUUCGCCUUGCCAAACGGCCUCUACGUUUCUUCGAGAACCGAAGGUUUCAGUCCGCUCUUGCUGCCAGUCGGCCGACAAUCAAUAAUGUCCUUGGCAAGGAGUACCCAACUGACAAGAGGACAAACAUCACACCGGCUAUCAUUGAAAAACUUGGACGCAACCUCUACCUACAACCGUCACAUCCCCUUGGUAUCUUGCGUACUCUCAUUGAGUCACACUUCAGCAACUUCACCGCACACUCGGGCUUUUCUCCCAUCGUGACGCCUGCGAAGAACUUCGACGACUUAGGUUUCCCAGCGGACCACCCUGGUCGUGCGCUCAGCGAUAGCUAUUACAUCAACGAUGGUCUCAUGCUCCGAACGCACACGUCGGCGCAUGAAGUGGAAGUCUUCGCCCGGGGAGACCGGCGCUGGCUACUAACCUCGGACGUCUAUCGUCGGGACGAGGUCGACUCGACGCACUAUCCUGUCUUUCACCAGAUGGAGGGCGCUCGCGUGUUCAGCUCGAGUCAGGAGGGCGUGGACGAGGCGGAGGCAGACAACGCACGUCUCUCGGCACACCUCGCGCAGUCGAACAUCGUCAUCGAGGAUGUUCCGCAUUCGUCCUCUACGAAUCCAAUACCAGGCAUCCAUUCCACAGAACACGCGGAACGUAUGGUCCUGAACCUCAAGUUGUCGCUGAACAGCCUCAUGCUGGCGCUGUUCGGCGGGCGCGCGGGUUCAGCGGAGGAGCCGCUGCGGGUGCGCUGGAUCGAAGCGUACUUCCCUUUCACUAGUCCAAGUUUCGAAGUCGAGGUGUUCUUCCAUGGCAAGUGGUUGGAGAUUUUAGGCUGCGGUUUGGUUCAACAGCGAACCCUCCAACUGGCCAAUAUCCCUCAUGACGUGAGCUGGGCAUUCGGUUUGGGCCUGGAGCGUAUUGCCAUGAUUCUGUUCGCGAUACCCGAUAUUCGGCUGUUCUGGUCGACUGACCCUCGUUUCUUGGGCCAAUUCAUACCGGGCAAGAUCUCGACCUUCAAGCCGUACUCAAAAUAUCCGCCAUGUUACAGGGACGUCAGCUUCUGGCUACCUUCUCAGGGUCUACACGACAAUGACGUGUUCGACCUCGUGAGGGAUACCGUCGGCGACCUGGCGGAAGACGUCAAGAUGAUUGACAGCUUCACUCAUUCAAAGACGCAGCGGACGAGUCGGUGCUACCGAAUAAAUUACAGAUCAAUGGACAAGUCGUUGUCAAACGAUGAAGCCAAUGACCUGCAUGCUGGAGUCAUCACACAGCUCAAAGAAAAGUUCGGAGUCGAGGUUCGUUAAUUAGAUAUCAUCAAUGCCGUAAUGUACGCUCUACUAGAGCCCCACCCUGCUACCGAUCGCGCUGCUUAUACAAACACGACAAUCGCAUCUUCCUCCGCUCCCUGCCGACCAUGACUAUGACCGGUCUUGUACAACGCCGACCUGCGCUGCACGCAAGACACGAUCCUUGAUCGUGUACCCAAUCUUUUGGCAGUCAAACACGGUGCCGGGCUCCUU